GGCCAAUGCACAGGAGCUGCAACCGCAGGGUUUCAAGCACGAACGCCGUCUGCGAAUAUCGUGACGAGGCGGUUUUGCAGGGGGCUGGUCGAGAUGACGACGCAGGAGACGCGCUGGAGAAGCUCAAGGCGAUACUCUGCUUGUCAACGGAGGCCAGUGAUGAUAAUCGAGGCUGGAUAUUGAACAUUAUAGCUUGUCCUUUUGCGGCUGCGGUCGAAGCAUGUUGGAGAAACAUCAAACUCAAUGGUUCUGUUGAAUGCUCGAAAGCAUAAGCUCAUCUUGUCAAGAUGAACAUGCCCACCCAUCAGAUUUAGCGGUGAUGACUGUGCUGGCUGCUCGAGCAGAUCUCACCUCCCCAUCUUCCGUUAUUGUCUGCCCAUUCUUUCCGUUUGAUCAUCUCAGUUUUGUUCGGCCAAAUCACGGGAACCGUCUCGGCGUCCAAGACAGGAAUGUCUCUGUUUCAAGGUAAAAAUGUCUUACAUCAUUUUUGGGAGAUGUGAAUGAACAGAAAGGCUUCAUGAACCUCGUGGAGCACAACUCGGUUGUCUUGUAGACGGAUGUGGAACUGGUUGACGCAAGGAGGGCCACGGAACGGGCUCCGCCGCUCUCAGCACGGAGGACAAGAUCUGGAUUGCAGAUAAAAAGCGUGCCAAGAACUCGGGGACGACACGCAAACUAGCAAGGAUGAAACAGGGAGUUACUGUCGACUGUCCUUACCUGCUUCACAAUGCCUUCUAUUUGACUGAUUUGGACGCGUAGCCCUACAACAAGACUCGGGCACUUUGAUUACCGCUGAAGUCCACAACGCAAACUGUGGCCCUGCAACAAGGUACGAUUUUCCAUUUCUCCCCCACCUUUUUUUUUUUUUUUGACCUUUCUUUGCCUUGCCAAGGCUUUGAUUUUUCCGUCAGGAGAGAGGCUUCGUCGACACCGACAAAAAUAUUUAUCGCCACCCGCCUUGCACCCUCACCUACCUCCAGUUCUCUGAGAGUCGAGUUGGACCUUCGUCCCCACUGCAGCUGUACUCCGAUGACGGUGUCGAUGGACAGAAGUGAUGCGCGUGACUUUGGGUCCAACUAUUGGGAUACCGAUUAUGUGAAUCUUCGAGGAAUACAAAGAACAAAAACACAAACUCUUUUGAUGGUCACCGAUGGAAAUCGAUUGAUGAUGGUGAAAGUGCUUCGACAACCAGACGGGGUUGAACAGGAAACCGGGGAACGCCAGAGGGCCGCUGUCAACGCAGAGGUGAUGUAUUCACCUCCUGCUUGCAUGUUCAUUUCCUGGACAUGUUUCUCCACAACAUUUGUAAGGCGGGCCAAGAUUGCGGUGGUGUGUUGUCUCAGAUUCAGGAGAAGCUAUGUCAGCGAGGCGCGUUCUCGUUCCGGCUUCGACGAACAUACUUUCAAGGCUUACGAGCUGGCGCCGCAUUGCGUCGCGGUCUGCUUCUUCUUUCCACCAGCCCUGCGUCGGCACAGCUAGGAGCAAUGAAGAAAAUGCUGAUAUUAACUGGGAUGACCUUGGGUUUGGUCAUGUACCAACUGACUAUAUGUAUGUAAUGAGAUGUUCUCGAGAUGACAAAUUCUCAUCCGGAGUCCUCAAUCGGUAUGGAAAUAUUGAAUUGAGCCCGUCGGCAGGGGUCCUCAACUACGGGCAGGCAAUGCUUGCGUAUAAAAACCUAUUCAAACAUUUAUCAGCAAAUUGUGAAAUCAUUUGUCUUGUUAAGGGUCUAUUUGAAGGUCUGAAAGCAUAUCAGAAACAAGACGGUAGUGGUUUCUUGCUCUUUCGGCCAGAAGAGAAUGCACGCCGAAUGCAAAGGGGUGCAGAGAGGAUGUGCAUGCCAUCUCUGUCAGUUGUGCAAUUCAUUCAUGCUGUCAAAGAGACGGUAUUGGCCAAUAAACGAUGGGUGCCUCCUCAGGGAAAAGGUUCUCUCUAUAUCAGACCACUACUAAUAGGGAUUGGACCUGUGCUUGGUUUGGCUCCAGCACCAGAUUACAUGUUUCUUAUCUAUGCUGCACCAGUGGGAACAUAUUUUAAGGAGGGUUUAGCUCCAAUCAAUCUAGUUAUAGAUGACAAGAUUCAUCGUGCCACUCCUGGUGGAACUGGUGAUGUGAAGACAAUUUCCAAUUAUGCACCGGCUUUGAAGGCACAGACAGAAGCUAAGACUAAAGGAUUUACGGAUGUUAUAUAUCUUGAUUCUAUUAAUAAAAAAUAUCUGGAGGAAGCUUCUUCAUGCAAUUUAUUCAUUGUGAAGGGUGAUGUCAUCUCAACACCAGCAACAAUGGGAACCAUUUUACCGGGGGUUACACGUAAAAGCAUCAUCGAAAUUGCUAUUGACUAUGGCUUCCGGGUUGAGGAACGUCUUGUCUCUCUCGAGGAUUUGCUCGAUGCUGAUGAAGUAUUUUGCACAGGAACCGCUGUGGUUGUUGCUCCAGUAAGCAGCAUUACUUAUCAAGACCAAAGAUAUGAAUACAAAACAGGAACUGAGACUGUCACUCAAAAACUAUACAACAUCCUCACAGCAAUUCAGAUGGGCCUGGUAGAAGACAGGAAAAAUUGGACAGUUGAAAUCAAAUGAGGCCCAAACCUUUUGCUACAUUAGCAGAAACACACUAGACAUGUGCAUGUGCUGUUAUAUUGGACUAUGUUCAGUGUUGGAAUCUUGUUCUCAAGACACUGUUUGUUUGUUAAUUAUUAUGCUUGGUAGAUUAUCUUGGCAUUUGAGCAUUAGUGAGUAAAUUUGAAACCUGGAUGUAGUUAUCCAAGUGAUGUUGAGAAUUUGAAAUGCAUGUUAUGGCCUAGA